CGUACAGUAUCAGCGAUAAGGGACAUAAAGUACCUUUCGUACCUUCCGUACCUUAGGGGCAAGAUCUCCACUGAAGGCCGAGCUCCGACUCGCUCUCGAGGGUCUCUGGGUGGGAGCCAGCCCACGCCCAGACUCCCCAGACCGUCCGUCAGCUUGUCCGAGCCCCGAACUCCAGGGGUUUCAAAAGUUGUGGCCUGGAAAGUGUCGACGUGUACAAUACCUGUUCCAACCCAACAUUCCAAGGUUCCAACAUUCUGUACCUGUGGAGGUCCUCUACUUGCCUCUCACCAUGCAUUAUAUGAAGAAGGUUGUGCGGCCAAAUCACGCAGCGGCCAUGAAGAAUUGAGGUGACAAGAAGACACCCACCACAAGACACCAUACCAUGACCGCCAGCCGUGGAACGCCGAGUGAGGCAACGCCGCUGUUGCCCGAGUCGCAACAACCAGAACGACCAUCUGCAACAUCCCGAUUUCAUGUCACGACUCCUCGGUAUAUCGUGCUACUUCUCGCUCUCAACAUUCUGAUAUUAGCAUCAGCCGGGGGUCUCACAGUCGUACCCCAGACACGAUUACUUGAAGAUAUCUUCUGUCACCGAUAUUAUGGCGAUGUCAAAGGUCUCGGCGACAUCGACGAGUCACUAUGCAAGAUUGAUUCCAUUCAAUCUGAGCUCGCUUAUGUCAAUGGACUGACAACCGCAGUUGAGGCAGUUGUUGGAUUGACCUUUGCAUUUCCCUUUGGAAUCCUCGCUGACAAAAUUGGCCGUAAGCCAGUCUACAUGAUCUCGAUGAUCGGAACUGCCCUGUAUCUUGUAUCCACAAUGCUAGUCAUUCGAUUCUGGCGAUUCCUCCCGGCCCAUCUGGUAAUAUUCUGUUCGAUAUUCCAGGUCAUCGGGGGUGGAACCCAAGUUCUGCUAGCAGUCCUUUAUUCCAUCGCUGCAGACGUGGAAUCGAGUGCAAACAGGGCUUCCGCAUUCUUCCUCCUAGCACUUGCGAGUUACACCGGCAACCUCAUCGGUCCGCUCAUCUCAUCCGUGAUGAUGGAAGUCGUGUCUCCCUGGGUUCCACUUCUAAGCGCAAUCGCUUUGGUCCCAAUAGGAGUCAGCACCUUCAUUUUCAUCCCCGAGACGCUUCGCAAGAAAGCCGAUGACGAAGACACGCUGCAGGACAGCCCGUCGGCGAUGAGCAGUAUCAUAACCCACUUCUGGCACACCCUCACCCAACUCUCGGAAUCAUUCUUCAUGCUCAAAUCGCCAUCUUUGACCAUCAUCCUCUUUUCAUUUGUCGUCCAGAUGUCCCUGUUCUUCGGCAAGAGCACAUUCUUCAUCCAGUAUUUCAGCAAGCGAUUCCAAUGGAGUCUGGCAAAGACCGGAUAUCUCCUCUCCUACCGCGGCAUCAUCAGCGUUGCGGUCCUCAUCUUCAUCCUCCCAGGGCUUUCAAAGAUCCUCCUAUCGCCGAACCUGCGUUUUCGCUUCUCCGCUGCGAAGAAAGACCUUGUUCUGGCGCAAUGCUCAGCUUUUUUCUCGAUGCUUGGAUAUUUCUUUAUGGCUGCUCCCACUGUUCCCAUCGUCUUCCUUGGUAUCAUCGUGGCGACUCUAGGAGAUGGAUUAGCGCCGCUGUGUAGGUCGCUUCUGACGGCUUACAUUGACCCGCAACAUAUAUCUAGAAUAUAUGUAUUGGUGGGGAUUGUGGAAGCUCUUGGAUCGAUGUAUGCCGGUCCUGCUUUGGCGGCUUUCUUCACUAUUGGAAUGAGACGGGACGGUCUUUGGAUGGGAUUGCCGUACUUUUGGUUGACGUUCCAGUGUUUGUUGGUUGUACUCGGGUUGUGCUUUGUCAAUCUGCGGUCUGCAAUUGUUGGGAAGUCUACUGAGAAUGAAGGAGAGCAAGAGGGUCUGGUACCCAGGGGAGAGGAUGAAGUGGUGUGAACUGAGCAUCAAGUGGGGACAGAGCUCGACACGGGAGAUAAAUGCUAGAAGGCAACAACACAAGGCGUCAUAUAGAUAGGAGAUUUUUAACAUUGGU